AUGGCUGAGGAGCGCGACAGCAAAAAGAUGGUCACCAUCCUUAGCAUCGACGGAGGCGGGAUCAGAGGGAUCAUCCCUGCCACCAUUCUUGACUUCUUUGAGAAAGAACUCCAGGUACGUUGAAGCAAGAGCUGAUAUCCUCUCCCCAAUAUCAAACAUUUUCACCAAGAAUUCUUUCUUCUUUACUUUCUUAGAUUUGGAAGAGAGAAUUAAGAUUUUCUUCACUCAAAUGUAUACGUGCAUGCGCGUCACAAUUGGAUUUUCUUUUUCAACCAAAAACAAGAGUAUAAGAUAUUCGACGGCUAAACGAUGCAUGUACACAAUUGGAUCUGCCCACUCCGCGAGGAUGAUAAAACAACUGUCUAAGAAAGCGAGCGAGCAACAGAGAGGGAGAUAGACGGGGAGAGAGAGAGAGAGAGAGAGAGAGAGGUUAAGAUGGGGAAUUGACACGUCUUGCCGUGGCGAAAUCGUAGUAUUUUUAUCAUUAUAUGGCAUUACCCACUCCCGGAUACGAAACUAUGGCGUAAAUACUCCUACAUAGAAAUUUCCUUGGAGAUGUCCAAAGUAAACACAAUUUUUAUUCCACUGAACUGAAACAGGCGCUGGACGGAGAUGAUGCAAGGCUCGUGGACUACUUCGAUGUGAUCGCAGGGACAAGCACUGGAGGCCUCGUGGCGGCCAUGCUGACAGCUCCUAAUGAAAAAGGUCGCCCCCUCUAUGCAGCCAGUGAUAUCACGCCAUUCUACCUCGAACACUGCCCCAAGAUCUUUCCCCAAGUCAGGUAACUACUGACAAUUAGUAGCUGAUAAUUCUGACAAAUUGAAGUUUUAUGAAUGGGUAAUAUAUUGUGCGUUCUACCAUUUGAGAAGCGGUAUUUUGGUCCUUUUAUAAUCAAGUUUGGACAAUAUUAGUUUUGGUAUUAUGUUCAACUUGAAAUUGAGUUAGUUGAGAUUCCCUAUCAAUACUUUAUUUGAUUAACGCACUGUUGACUUUUCUUUUAUCUGUCAGAAUCAACGACAUGAAUUUAAACUUCAACUAGGAUCAGGUUUUAGUUUACUGCUCAAAUUAGCAACUGUAAAACUUUUGCUUUACGAAUCCGCUAAUAUGUUAUUCCCAUGAGAACUAAUAACUUCAUCUUCCUCAAACAAACGAACCGUUAAAAACACAACAAAAAAGAUUCAUGAAGGUGUUUCUUCUCUGAUGAUGAUCAGCGCUGGGCCAUUCACCGGAAUUGUCAAGACGGUCAAACAGCUCUCUGGUCCUAAGUAUGAUGGAAAAUACUUGCACAAGAUAAUCCAGGAGAAACUCGGAACGACAAAGGUGCACGAAACGUUGACAAGCGUAGUCAUCCCGACCUUUGAUAUCAAAUAUCUCCAACCGAUUAUCUUCUCCAGUUUUGAGGUUUGAAUUUCACCCGACGUACUAAUAUGGUUCUAUUAUUACUAUUUCUCUCUUUUGUUUUUGGUUAUCCAUUUGGAUGGUUACCUUUCCCUUAUUCGUAGAUGCCUUGUAAGAAUAGCGAUAGGAUAGGUCGCGUCUGAUUUUUCUGAUGAGUUAGCAGUAAGUUGUCCAACCGAAAAGACUUCGUGUCCAUUGCCGAGAUAUUAUGGGACUCGCAGUCACGAUAUUUAAUAAUACAGACGUGUACAAACAUUCAUGACGACACAUAAUACGACAGUGACCUAGAUAUUAACCAAAUGGUGAACGUGCAAACCCUUUCGGAUGACCAUGACAAUGGCAUCACAGGAUUGAACCAGUGCUUUCAACAAGAGGGUAAAGACAACAUGAGUGUGGACCCCUUCGCCCGAGGCUUUAUGGUGUCCAUUCCAUUUCCCUGUCCUGACUCCGUCGCCCUCCCUAGUCACGGCAGCACGUAGAACUGUUCUGGCUUCUGGAGAGUUCGGGCCAGAUCCCGUCCCUUUAGAUCUGUGCCAUCCUGCCUGUUAUCUACAGAAGAAAAUAGUUACCCUCCUGAUCAUUCCAGGGGGUGUGCUCUGAUUGCAUGUGGCCUUAACGAUGAGUGGACCUGCGUACAGCUGAAGAACGACAAAGACCUAGAUGUGAAGCUCUCUGACGUCACCAUCAGCACAUCAGCUGCCCCCACGUACCUCCCGGCUCACCAAUUUACGGCAAAUGGAAAGGAGUACAAUCUCAUUGACGGAGGUGUGGCGGCCAACAAUCCGGUAAGGCAUUUAUCCAUCAAGUACGAUGAAUCUAUUCCUUCCCGUAGUGAUCCUCAUGUAACUUCAAGUGUAUCUCGCAGGCACUGCUUGCAAUGAGAGAGAUAACGAAGGAGCUUUCCAGGGAGGACUCCGCCUUCCCCGUGAGACCGCUGGACUAUCGAAAAUAUCUAGUUAUUUCACUUGGCACAGGCACGCAGAAGCAGGAGGAAAAAUAUACUGCCGAGAAGGCCAAGAGUUGGGGUGCACUAGGGUGGAUUAUCAACGGCGACUCAAACCCCCUGAUCGACGUUUUCAGCCAAGCGAUAGUUGACAUGGUCGAUAUCCACAUCUCCGUUGUCUUCCAGGCUCUAAAAUCUGAAGAUAAUUAUUUGAGAAUUCAGGUAAACUGCUAAUUUCGUAAUUUUACUACACAGAGGAAUCAAAUCACAUUCCAAUAUUAAUCUAUUAUGGCCAUUUAGACUGCAUAGUAUAUAAACCUAUAAUAUAUAUAUAUAUAUAUAUCUGAAGUUUACUUGAUGGAUUCAUAAGCUAUGGUAUAAAAUACAGGACGACACGCUCUCCGGGGACGCUUCUUCGGUGGACAUCUCGACAAAGGAGAACCUAGAUAACCUUAUCGACAUUGGAAAAAAGCUGCUCGACAAGCCAGUUUCGAGGGUCAACCUUAAUACUGGCCGGAAUGAACCCUUCGGAGACGAGACGAACAGGGACGCCCUUAAAAGGUGA